AGCUUUCGGCAAUUGUUCCUUGGGUUGCCACCUAAUUAACGUGUCUAUAGGUUUCCUUCACUGUAAGCGACCUCGCUCAUUUCCGCACAAUCCAACCAUUCAGCGGCAUAUGGGACAAAUUAGACACGGCCCUCCUCAGGUUUCUCAGAAAGAAGGGCUAGCCUGAAUUCCCUAUCACCGAGCGAAGGCGUUGAAGUAAUCUGCAUACAGACGCGCAUAUAAAACAGGAGGACGGCACCAUGUUUUUCUUGUCCUAGAAGCCCUGCAUGCCGCCGGUUCUUGGCCUACAUCCCAUAUUUGGUUGUCGGCCUUCAUAGUCGUUUCUGCCAGUCUAUGACACUACUUAAGUUUCAAACCAUAUCCUUGAGUCCCUCUUUCUUACCCAGCAGAACACGGAAUGUCUUAUGACUACUGGCGGAAAGAUUCACAGCUAUACAAAGCAUCGCUUGCAGAACGGCCAGGAUUUGUCGUUAAUGACCUGCCGUCCUCUCAGCCUCACCAGAACUACUUGCCUUCGGUUCCAGGGGAUCCCCCGCCAGUGGUUACUCAGCAUCGCCGGCAUCACCCUAUGUAUGGCGGGGACUCAACGAGUAAUGACUAGCGUGAUAUCCAUGUUGCUACCGGACAGCCUUCGCACAACACCUCAUUCAACCAUUCUCAUACACCUUCCUUCGACGAUCGGUUUGUCAACAAUCAGGAGUUGCUCGUUAACAACCUGGAUUCUUCUGGCAAUGUUUCCGAAUCGCGCCCCAUCGAGGGUCACCCUCACCCUGUCCAUGACAGUCCAUCAGAAUCGCAUACAUCUAGCCGCUUGUUUGUUUGCAAGUGGAAUGAUGGUCACGGUCCAUGCGACACGACCACCGUAAGUGUAGAAGAGCUCGUGAACCAUGUGUCGUCAUCCCAUCUUCCACCACCUGGUCCCACUCCUUUGAAAUGCAAAUGGCAGGGAUGUAGACUCCGAAAGCUCAUUUGCCGAAAUACAAUCCUUCGGCACAUCCGUCAAAUUGAUCUCGGAAUCAAUCCUCGA